UAACAUAACAACAUUUGCACGAUAACAAUAAUUUUACUCACAUUGAAAAGAUUCAUUGUUUUUACAGCAUUCUGUAUCAAAUUAAAAUAUUUGUCUUGAAGGUUAAAGGAGAAAAAAUUACUUUGAUAGCUAAUGCAAGUUCAGUAUGGAAAUUCAUCAACAAUCCAAUAAUUGCUAUCUUCUCCGACCUGGAAAAUCCCGCUACAGAACAGAUGCUAUGUUCUCUUUUAGAAUCUUUAUUGAAAAGAUCCUCUACAUUAAGUUCUGUAUUAGUCCCUUUGUUCAACAAUGGUGCACCAGAUGAAACUCUGCAACAACAAUACACAGCAUUCACAACCUGGUUGUUUGGUACAAUGUUUUAUUUGGUAUGUGUGCCAUCAAGCAAUGUGAUACUCUCAAAUAGUAUUGAAGUGCAAGCUUGUAUGCUCACAUUACUAUCCAGACAUCAUUUUAGGAUGUAUGAGACUAUUAGCUCAGAAUACUUAAAUAUUCUCAAUGAGAUAUCAGAGUUCUAUAUGAAUAGUACAGACACAGAAGAAAUGACACUCUCAAAGUUUCAUACAGAAAAAGAUAUCAUACCUAAUUUGGAUCUGACACCAUUUUCUGCAAAAAUUAAUUCAUCACAGAUGCCAUCGGUCCAAGCGUCCAUAUUAAAGAUAAUCACGAAGUCUGGAGUAUCGAUGUGGGAUCAGAUGAAAUUGUGGGAUAGAGUUAUAACAAUAGUUAUUAAAUUUCCUCCGGAGUUAAAGAUUGAAGCAUUGCAACUAUGUACACAAAUAUUAGAAAAUUUUGUCGUGCACGAUCGAGAAUUUGCAGCCUUAAUUGCAUAUAGUCUAGAAAUGAUAAAGAGUGCUUCCACCUGGACUAACUUAGGCCAAUUGUCGACACAUGCUUUGUCCCGCUUUACAGAAACGUUAACACGUUUAAUACAAGCGUCACCAGUCUUACUUAAUGUUGUGGAAUUGUGUUUUCAAGUUAUCGAACUUGUAGUUUCUGAAUUUAUUAGAGAGUAUGUAGGAGCUGAAACAAUAAAGGAAUUGACGGAAGUAGUAUGUCACAAAAUUAAGCAAUAUUUAUUUACAGAGCCGAGAUCCUGUACUGUUUUAGAAGCUAAAAAAUUCUUGGCUUACUUCACACAUUGUCCGGCUAUCAUCGACAUUUUUAUGCAAUUUGUUUUUAUUGACAUUAGACGAGCUGCUACGCCAGAAAGAGUCAAUUUUGCCAUGGAAAUUAGCGAACCGUGGAAAUUAUUAAGAAAGGAAUUAAUAGCUUAUGUGGAGAUGGAAAAAUUUACGGAAGUGCUACACAUUGUAAAAGCUUCAUCUCUAUUACAAUUAUGGCUAGAUAAUCAGAAGAUUCAAGUAAAACUAUAUGAAAAUAACUUAAACGCUAUACUAAAAAUUUUCAUGCAACAUUUGAAUUCUGAUAAUUGCCAAGAUGCGGAGAUUAUCUUUCAAAUUUUAAUGAGUUUAAUGGCCCAUAAUGAAUCGAAUAAAGUUUUAUUACAAACAAUAUUAGCACUGCCAUUUACCCAAGAUUUCAAAGGGUCUAUGGAUAUCGGUCCAAAGAUGGUACAGAGAGCAAAAUCUCUGAAUGUUGAUACAAUGUCGAAGUGCCUUGAAACCUUAUGCGCAUACGGCAGUAGAAAGGAACGAUUGAAAUUGUUACGCGCGUGCAUAUUAAAUGGUGAGACGCAAGUAGCUAUCGUAGCAGUAUCGAACAGUGUGUUACUGUUGAAUGAUAAGGACAUAAUGUUGGAAGAUGUUUGCCAAUAUGUUUUGAACACUGCCUUAUCGUCGACAAAAGUGGAAAUACAUAACGCUCUUGCGAGUGUUUUAGGCCAGAUAGCUUGUGUUUCAUCGGGAAAGGGCAAAAUCAUCCGUAAGUCAUCAAAUGAUGGAAAAUGGACAGUACUUUGCGAAUACUGUACAGAGAAUACGAGUAAAAACGUCGAGUCUAUGAUGAUCCGUCUUCCAAGAACCUAUGAUAAAAUUUUUACUACGUACUUUAUACUACUGUCUUCAACGAAUGUGUCGAUACGUUUAAAUAUUUCCAAAAGCAUCCCGUCCUUCUCAAACCACGUAAAGUCGUUUAACUCGAACGAUGUGGCGAGGAAAUGGCUCCCUUACAUAUACGAUGAUGAUAUGGAGAUCCGAUCAAAUAUUGCGUCGGUGAUCGGGCAAUUACUGAGCAAUAAAAUUUCUAUGUUGAAAAACGUCGAACGUUUGCCGGACACAGUGCCGGAUGACUUGGACGAAUUCGUUGAUUUAGUAAUUGAAGUUAUAGCCAACACUCUCAUGACUGCCGUAGAUACUUCCAAUCAUUCCCUGCACGAUACACUACUUGUCACUGCGAAGAAUUUUGUAUGUGUUCCACUACACUUGACAGAAAGAAGAAUUUUAAACGUGUUUCUUUUCACAAUACUACAUCCCAACUCGUCGCCUGCAGCCGUUGCAUCCGCCACAGUCGCGUAUCGGGAUGUUGCUGACUUUCUGAAUGUUUCUCCGAAGGCCUUGUACAUCCGAUAUCGAAAGGAUUUUUUGAAGCUUAUAAUGGAACGUGCAGUUUGUAAUUACAUAGAAUUCUCUUAUAAUAUGGCAACCACAGUGCACCGCCUCGCUAAAUGUAUAGGCUACGAAGGAUCGCGUCAUUUGCUACACAAAGAUGGCCAUUACGCGAUUUGCUUUCUGAUUGCCUUUAUUGUUGAAAUGCCAACAGCAAAGCCACUUUUACACGAUAUCGCCGAAUUGAUAAAUAUGGACGUAAAGAAAAUGCUUGAAGAACAUUUUCCGUACAUUUGCAGUUACGCGUUCUUGGAAACAUCUCUACGCGUAUCUACAGAGUGCUUGAAACUUGUCACAAAGAUCACUGAAAAUAGCCUCGCACUUCUUACAAAGCGAUCAUUUAUGGAAAUUUUUGAAGAACUUAUGUUAAAUUUCUAUGAGUCCCCUAAGAAGAUAAUAGGCUUCUUAGAAAUCAUUUCAGAAUAUGACAGUAAUCACAGAGGAAACUUUACUACGAAAGAGCAAGUUGCCUCUUAUUUGAAUCUACGCUUACACGGCAUAUUGGUGAAUUUCGAUAUAAAACUUAGUCCCAAAUCAGAUGAACACACGCAACAAUCUGCGCUUGCUUCACUAGCUACUUUAAUUCAAUAUAUGGGUGCUACCUAUUUGACGCCGCUUAGAUAUAAAAUCCUGGCCACACUACGAACUUCGCUUGGAUUUAAAAGGCCCGGCUUUCCUCGCUUAGUCUGUGAUGCAUGGGAUGCGUUUAUUCACAACAUAGCCAUAGAAGAUUUGGGGCCGCUGUUUCCGACAAUAUGCGUAUCGUUAAUGCCGUUGCAGAAAAUAUUUCCUGAAAAUGUCAAUAAUAUGUUAGAGUUUCUGAUCGUUCAAAGUGUCGGAGAAGAGAACAAUCACAUCUCAGAGUUAUUUUUCAUAGACGACAUGGAAGUUCCCACUCGCAUAUCCGACAUAGUCAAGGCACACAUAUUGCAAGCGAGACCCGAGGGAUUUAAUGCCAAUUUAGAGUUAUGGCUAAAGCGGAUCACUCAUGAGACCGACGAAGUGCGAAUCAGGGCCCUGAAACAUUUACAAACGUUUCUGGAAGAACACCGCAGUGAGCUUAAUCGAAUGAUACUGAGUGAAACCGACGUCCAUCCGCUAAUUGUGGAACUAUUAGAUACUCUGUUGAUUGGAUGUCAGGAUAAAGACGAAUCUAUCCGUUUGUGUUACGGAGAAUGUCUCGGGGAAUUAGGAGCGAUCGAGCCGAGUCUUCUUCCGCGAAGAAUUAUUUCGAAAGAAGAUAGUAAAUUUAUAUCUGACACGAACGAAGAGUUCGCUUGUGCGUUGCUCUCUGAACAUGUGCGGGCUUUUCAAAUGCAGAAGAACAGCCAAAGUAUGGAUUGCUUUUCACUCGCUAUCCAGGAGAUAUUAAAAACGUACGACAUCUCUCCGCAAGGCCGGAACAGCGAAUUGUGGAAUAAUUUGUCGUGCACAACGCAACAGAUCAUCGCCCCUUUCUUGACGUCUCACUACAAAAGGAAGGAAGAAACUAUUACCGACGAUAAUGAGUUUCCUCAUCCCAUUUACGGUUCUGAAGCAGGUUCCUCGGUCGAAAGUUGGGCUUAUUAUUGGCUUUGCAGUAUGUCCAAUGCUGUACGCGACAAAACUCUCAAUAACAUACUGCAAGCGUGCAAGUUGGCGUUCAAGCGAGACAUAAAAACGCUGACAUUCUGUUUACCAUACAUUGUGUCUUAUAUAAUUGCGAGCGACAAUGAAGAGGAAUGUGUUAAACUUAAAGAGGAGAUGUUAGCCGUGAUUAACGUCAAGAAGAAACCUGAAUUGGACCCUGAACUUCUGCGUCAUCAACCACUUCGAUACGGCCAGAGUGUGAAAGCCGAUGACAAGAGAAUCUCAGAGGAAACCAGACGUACACGCUGCUCGCGAGUAGUUUUUCAUAUACUGGAUCAUUUGCAAAGAUGGCUCAGAGAACGGAGAUUGUUUCAAGACGACAGAUAUGAGGCAAUAAAAAAGUUUUGCAGCACGUUAGACAGUCUGAUGGUGGCAGAAGGCUGUUACCAGUCGCGGGAAUAUCAUCGGGCAUUAAUGUAUUUGGAGCAGCAUAUGGCCUCCAGCAAUAAAGGUUUAUCAGAACCGACGGAAGGCGGUUUACUCGCUAAAAUUUAUGCACAGCUCGACGAGCCCGAUGGAGUAUCUGGUAUUUUGGCAACUCAGAAUCAAGCUCCCACUUUGCAACAGCUGGUUCUAGCUCACGAAGUCAACGGGCAGCUUCAGGACGCGGCCACGUGCUACGAGCGACUGGCGCAGAAGAAAGACUUGAAGCACACGUAUCUGCAAGGUAUGAUUCAAUGUUACCUUGGUCUGGACCAACCGUUCACCGCCGAGCACAUUACUGAGGGCGUAUUGAGCAGCAGGCCAGAGUUGGAGCCUCUCAUAACCGAACGUGAGCUGUUCUGGAGGCUCGCUCACUUCUCCCGGUUCGAAGAGACUUCGCAGAAAAAUGUAAAGCACGUGUUACUGGACGAUCUCAUAAAAGGUACCAAGCCGGACUUGCUGUCGCUGAAGAAGAACCUGGUGUUGUUGUUGGAGGACGCCUCUCAACCGGGAGUCUACCAGCAGAGUUACUCAUACAUUAUGAAAUUACACAUAUUGAACGAAUUUGACAAGGCGGUCUCGAUGAUGCUGAAUAACGUGGAGGAUCUUCCGGUGAUACUGGAAGAAUGGGAGAAACGCGGGCAAUUAUUGAGAACGUCCCGUGGCGUGGAGUUCGUUUUGAGUAUGCGACGAGCCACCUUAGAUCUGGCUGUGCAGUUGCAACGGAAGACUCUCAACACGGAGAACUCGACGCUCAAGCAGGAAAUCGGCAAAAUUUGGCUGAAGAGCGCGAAAAUAGCCCGGAAAGCCGGCUUGCACCAACAAGCGUACAUGCACAUCCUGUCGGCCAGUGAUUCGUGUCCGCCGCAACCAUUGUACAUAGAACAGGCUCAGUUGUACUGGCAAAAGGGUUGUCAAGAGGACGCGUUUACCACGCUGAAUCGUUGCUUCGCUAAUUGCUUCAAGCCGGUGCAGUAUUACAAGCAGUUACCUUCCGGGGAGUGUAUGGAAGAGCGGAAGCAGUUCGCAAAGGCGAAGCUGCUGUUCGCGAAAUACAACGACGAGACUCUCAACAUCGACACGGACGGCUGUAUCUUCAACUACAAGGAAGCGAUAGAUGUGUGGAGAGGAUGGGAGAAGAGCUGGUUGUCCUGCGCUCAAUAUUACGAGGGCGUCGUCGAGAGGAUGCCGGAGAACGACAGGGACAAGAGUAGACGCGACCUGCAAGUGCAUAUGAUGAACUGUUACGGCAAGUCGCUUCAGUACAGCUGCAAGUACAUCCACCACUCGAUGCCGAAGAUGCUAACCAUUUGGUUGGACUUCGCCUCUCGUGCCGCGAUCGCCUCCGAUCCGGCAGAUAUCGCUCGAUCCCGUCAAGAUUGCCUGGCGAAGAUGACGAAACUCAUGGACGCCUACCAUCAGAAACUGCCGAUGUUUAUGUGGCUGACAGCGUUCAAUCAACUCGUGUCCCGAAUUUGUCACCCGUCCCCGCAGGUGCAGAAUACUCUCCGCACGAUUCUGGUGAACUUGAUUCUGGCGUAUCCGCAGUACUGCUUGUGGAUGAUGGCGUCGGUCUUCAAUUCCUCGUAUUCGGCGCGACAAAAGCGUUGCCGAGAGAUCUUAAAUAAUCGGCAGUUGAAAACGCAGGAAAUGUCCAAGCUUAUUCAAGAUUUUCACAGGCUUUGGGAAAGACUGAUCGAGCUAUCCAAUAAGGCGAUAUCGGAGAACGCGUCGAGCGCCACGGUGAAUCAGCUGUCGAAGUAUCUGCCGAUGUUACUCACGAAUAAGGAUUUCAGUCAGAUUAUGAUACCGACGACGAAGUUCAUGCAGCUGCAUCUUCCAUCCAAGAAUGCCUCGCUGAGUAAUCACAAUCCGUUUCUGCGGAAAUGGGUGCAUAUAUCGGGGAUAGAUGACAGCGUGAUGAUAAUGCCGUCGCUUCAACGGCCACGACGAAUCACGCUGAGAGGAUCGGACGGCAGGAGGUAUCUUUUCAUGUGUAAGCCGAAGGACGAUUUGCGAAAGGACUUCAGACUGAUGGAAUUUAACGACAUCGUGAACAAGUACCUUCAGAAUGAUCCCGAGUCACGUCAGAGGAGGCUCUAUAUAAGGACAUAUAGCGUGGUGCCGUUAAACGAAGAGUGCGGUUUGAUAGAGUGGGUGCCGAACCUAGUCGGUUUCCGACCUACCAUUCUGAGUCUCUACAAAGAAAAAGGCAUUAUGCUCAUGAAUAAAGAACUUAAAAUGAUGCUGUGCGAAAAAGGAGAUUCACUAGAGAAGAAGAGGCAAACAUUUCUGAAGAAGUUAUUGCCACGACAUCCAGCUGUGUUUGGAGAAUGGUUUCGCAUCAUGUUUCCUGAUCCAUACGGGUGGUACGAAGCUCGUACAGCGUAUAUCAGGACCACCGCUGUCAUGUCCAUGGUGGGUUACAUACUCGGACUUGGCGAUCGUCAUGGGGAGAAUAUAUUGUUCGAUUCUAAAUGCGGAGAUUGCGUGCACGUUGAUUUCAAUUGCUUGUUCAAUAGGGGUGAACUGUUUGAUUGGCCAGAACGUGUGCCAUUUCGUUUGACCCAUAAUAUGGUGGAUGCUAUGGGUCCUUUGAAAAUCGAGGGACCAUUCAGACGCGCCUGUCAAAUUACCAUGCGAGUACUUCGACAACAAUCGAGCACAUUGCUGAGCGUACUCACGCCUUUCGUAUAUGAUCCGCUCGUUAGUUGGAACAAAAAUCAGGCCGGCGAUGCGGCUGAGAAGACGAACGAAAAAGCCGUAGAAAAUAUCAAAAACAUCAAGCAACGAUUGAAAGGCUUGAUUCGGUAUCCCGAAAGAAAGGUUGAAAAUAUCGCGCUACAUCUCAGCGUCGAGGGCCAAACCAAUCACUUGAUUUUGGAAGCGACGAAUAUAGAUAAUCUCUGCCAGAUGUAUUUUGGCUGGGGUGCAUAUUUGUAAUCACGAGUAUCACAGGCGGA